AUGGAUAAGCGAAAUUUGCAAAAAGAAGAAGUCGUAGCCAUGCCGGUAGCAAUGCUUAAAUCAGGUAGUAUCGUCGGUUCUUUUAUUAUUGCAAUUCUCUGUGUAACAUUCUGUUACACAGCACACUUACUGUCGGAAAACUGGCUAAUACUUCGCAAACGCUGGAGUGCAUACGACGAUCACUGUCGUAAACCGUAUCCAGAAAUGGCGUACAGAGCAAUGGGAUCAUCUGCAAGGACAUUUUGCUCCAGUACUUUGAAUGCAAUGCUUUUUGGUGUUUCGGUAGUUUAUUUGCUGCUGUCGUCUCACAUCAUCAACGAUUUCGUUACCUCAAUGACUGGAAAGAACAUCGGGUUUUGUACGAUGCUGCUGAUUGUCGCUUUAAUACUGUACCCAGUUACCUUGCUAAAAUCUCCUCAAGAUUUCUGGUGGGCAAUUGUGCUUGCUAUGUUGACUACGCUAUUCUCUGUAAUCCUUAUCUUGACUGGGACAAUUGUUGAUUUUCCGUUGUGUAGUAGCCACGCUUUGAGCCAAAAAGUCGACAUCGGUACAAUUGCAUUGUCGCUUGGUACUUUUAUGUUUGGUUUUGGAGGACAUGCUGUUUUUCCAACAAUUCAACAUGACAUGAGACAUCCAAAUCAUUUUACUCGGUCUGCAGUACUUGCCUUUUGCAGUAAGUUAGCAAGAACUAUUUUUUUGUUUUGUAUCUAUCUUGACAAUUGUAACCUUGAUACUGAAUGGAUGCAAAGAGCUGCGAACUUAUUUAUUGCUGUUCACUGUGUUCUAACACUUACCAUCGUCAUUAAUCCGCUAAACCAGGAAGUUGAAAAUCUUUUCGGAACUCCUCAAAAUUUUGGAUGGCAACGUGUCAGUGUACGUACCGGAGUAAUGUUAUGCGUUGUUUUUGUUGCUGAAACGAUUCCCAAGUUUGGUCCAAUACUGAAUGUGAUUGGUGGUACUGCUGUUGCUCUAACCUCCGCUGUGAUGCCUUCUUUGUACAAUCUUUAUCUGAAUGCUGCAUCGUACGAUGAUAAAUUAAAGAUUUACAGACGACCAAAUUUUUAUGAGGUGAUAGCAAGAACAUCGAGAAGUCGCCUAGUGAUCAACGUUCUAGUUAUUGUGAUUGCUCUAGUCUGCGGUGCUGCGACGACGUAUUCAGCGGUUAUUGAGAUGGCAUCUGUCCACUUUACCAAACCAUGUUACUUGUCGGUUGUUGAUGAUUUCUCAAACGCUGAGGCUGCUGUACCACUUCAUUGUUGCGGUUCAUUGAGAAAUAUUUCUUGGUAUGGAAACGAGGCUUGUUCAGCAGCUUUUUAGUU